AGGUGAUGGGAAAAUGCCAAAGAUGGGCAUCUUACCAGAACUUUGGGAUGACUGGCCUUUUAAAUCGCUCAGUUGCUGAUCUACUGAUCUGUCUGUUGGAUCAGUAACUGAAUCAGGUGCUCGUAAUACAAAUUGGUAAAACGUAUUUCUUGGUUCUGUUACUUCAAAUACUGUUUAUGAAGCAAGUCAGAGGAAUGAAAGGUUGUCACAACAGCCCUGAAUUUGUUCCAUUUCUCACCCUAUAGCAUGUGGAGACCUAUCUAUAUCCAACUGCUGAGUGUGGAGAAUAAAAACUGACCCCACGUUGUCUGGUCCACAUUUUAGCUUGUUUGCUUUGAAGAAUUUGCAAGGUAGAGAAAUAGAUGCUUCAGGCUCUGAUUUCAGCCCCUGCUGUGCUAUGCAAAUGUUCUCUACAUGCCUGAGUGACCUUUUGAGAAAGAGCCUUUGUGAUCUUCUGUAGCCAGGGCCUGUUCUGGGAAUUAGUGUGCCAGAUUGCUCUAAAAGUGGGAAAAGUGAAUCUGUGCAAAGACCAUGUUAAGAAAAAAAAAAAAAACAAAGCAACCGUAACAGCGCUUUUCCUGGAUAAAUACGGAUAACUUCAUGUUUCUUACUGUCUUUUGCCAAAGCUUUUGAAAUUUGCUCUGGAGUUUGCUUUGCCGGGUGAUUUGGGGAAUGAUGGGUGUGAGGGAGAACUGACUAAAGCAGUUCAGUAACUGGGUAACUGUUUAAGUGCUUUUGAAUUGUAGAUAAAAAUAAAUUCAAACUGGCAUCUUUAGUAUCUGGGUGUUUAUCAGUGUCUUCAGGCCGGCUCUCCAUAAGCGCCGGGGGACUGCCUCUCAGAUGUUUUCCCUGGAACCUGGGCUCCCCGAGACGCAGCACUGGAGCAGAUGGAUAAUGGAGACUGGGGCUAUAUGAUGACUGACCCAGUCACGUUAAAUGUAGGUGGACACUUGUACACAACGUCUCUCACCACACUGACGCGUUACCCGGAUUCCAUGCUUGGAGCUAUGUUUGGGGGGGACUUCCCCACAGCUCGAGACCCUCAAGGCAAUUACUUCAUUGAUCGAGAUGGACCUCUUUUCCGAUAUGUCCUCAACUUCUUGAGAACUUCAGAGUUGACCUUACCCCUGGAUUUUAAGGAAUUUGAUCUGCUUCGGAAAGAAGCAGAUUUUUAUCAGAUUGAGCCCUUGAUUCAGUGUCUCAAUGACCCCAAGCCUUUGUAUCCUAUGGAUACUUUUGAAGAAGUUGUGGAGUUAUCUAGUACUCGGAAGCUUUCUAAGUACUCCAAUCCAGUAGCUGUCAUCAUAACCCAAUUAACCAUCACCACCAAGGUCCAUUCCUUACUAGAAGGUAUAUCAAACUAUUUUACAAAGUGGAAUAAGCAUAUGAUGGACACCAGAGAUUGCCAGGUUUCCUUUACUUUUGGACCCUGUGAUUAUCACCAGGAAGUUUCUCUCCGAGUCCACCUGAUGGAAUACAUUACAAAACAAGGUUUCACAAUCCGAAACACCCGAGUGCAUCACAUGAGUGAGCGGGCCAACGAGAACACAGUGGAGCACAACUGGACUUUCUGCAGGCUGGCCCGGAAGACAGAUGACUGACCUCCAGCACUGGGAGAAGUUCCUGGAAAUGGACUCUCCAAGAGAUCGAAGAGGCUGAUUUUUUUUUUUUUUUUAAAUCACAGUGUGAGAUUUUUUUUUUUUUAAUAUUUGUAUUUAUUUGAAGGCACUGGGGACCAGAAGGAAGGAAGUUUUGUGCUUCAGCAGACUCCUCUAUGUUUUGUUCCCUUCACCCUGAGUAUGCAUGUGCCUGUUCAGAGCCUCCAGAUACCUUUUUUAUAAAAAGAAGUCUGAAAAUCAUUAUGGUAUAUAAUCUACCCCUAACAGCUUUUUUUUAUUACAGUGCUAAAAUGAUUUCUGAUUAAAUAGUCCCUAACUCAACUAGAAGGCUAAAAAUGCAGGAAUGAAAGAAUAAACAGAGUACUCAUGAUGCCUUUGGGAAAAAUCAAAACAUCAUGUAGGGUGACCUAGUUUUCAAACCAAUAAGCAGUAUUAUAAUAUUAAAGGAAAACUGUUCCAAUCAUUUAAAAGUACUUGUUAAGUACUGCUUUUUACAGUUAUGACAACUGUUUCUUUCUAUGCAUAUAAAUCAAGCAACCAAAUAUCUGUAGCCAUGGAAAUGUCUGACUAGAAAUAUUUAUAUUGGCUUCUGAAUACAAAAUGUCCCUGUGGUAGAAAUCUUACUUCUUAUGCCUGGUGCAGUAUAAUUCCCAAGUGUACUGUCUACCAGAAUAAAUAAAUAAAUAAAUAAAUGAAAUGUGAAAA